GCUGGCAGUGUUUGCCUCUGCCUCUCCAGCAGUGGGAGAGAUGUGCGUAACAUGCAGCGGAGAGUGGUGAUCAUCAUCUGCGCGCCGCAACGCCGUGGACCGCCGUGCGCACUCGAAGACGGAGACACACCGAGGGGCGCACCCCGCUCCGCCGAACCUGUCGUGAGCGAGACUCCGGUGAAGCCGACUAGAGACUCUUGAAGAAAAAGAAGUGAGGAGAAGAAGGAGAAGUGGUGUGAGGAAAGAUGACAGCCCUUCAGACGGUAAUUGGGGAUUAAUCGCCCCAGUGUUUGGAGCCACUCUGACGCACCGGCGGCGAAGCAAGCGCGCAUAUAUAUUUUUUUUUGUUGUUUUACGGAAUCCACCUCUUGAUCACACCUCAGUCGGACUAUCAAGUGGGGAUUUUGCAUGAAGGGAAUGAAUGCUGAAUUACGUGACCAACAGAAUAUGAGUCAGUGCGUGUCUGUGAGCUGAGGUGGAGUGUCUCUCUCCCGCUGCACGGCUGUCUCGGUCCGCCAGAAACCUUCCUGCGCCAGGAUGCAGCUGCUCAGAGUUGCGUGGGCACUGACCGGAGCAGCGAUCUGCUGCUUUCUUAUCCUCCUCAUUCACUCCCGCCUGCUCAAAGAAGGCCAGCUGGCAGCGGGGACAUGUGAGAUUGUGACGCUGGACAGGGACAGCAGCCAACCACGGCGGACCAUCGCCAGGCAGACGGCCCGCUGCGCCUGUAAGAAGGGCCAGAUCGCUGGAACUACAAGAGCCAGACCCGCCUGUGUGGACGCUGGUAUUGUUCGGAAAAAGCAGUGGUGUGAGAUGGUGCCGUGUUUGGAGGACGAAGGCUGUGACCUGUUAGUCAAUAAAUCUGGCUGGACCUGUACACAGCCCGGAGGCCGAGUCAAAACCACCACGGCUCUAUGACGCGACAAGAGUCCCCCUCGACACUCUUGCACUAUGGAGAGCAUUGAUGACCCCUUGACAGACAGCCAAAAUCCAUCUACCACCACCACCACUACCCUACUACCACCACCACCAUCACAACAGGUCCACCCAAACCCUGGUCCCGCAAAGGCAGGAAGCAACACAAGCAGCUACAGAGCACCAUGGGCCUCAUGGAGGCAGCAAGGUCUCAUAACACAGCCAGAGACGGGAAAACCAGGGAGUGACUCUGACUGAGGGAGCGAGCUCUCCCCUGGACACUGGACAAACUACUCGCUGUAAAACACUUCCUAUUUCCUGUGACCGGCUUCUUCCGGGUUUGUGACAGCUCCCUCCUGCUAUCUGUCGUUGGGUCAACAUAUUGCGUCCCGCCUCCUCUCCACUCUAUCUGCCUGCUCUGUGAAAUUAGCAGUGCCUCCUCGUGCCAUGGAGGAUCGGACAUCUUAAAAAAAUCCCUUGAAUGGUUUUUGCCUCAUCGGAAGUUCUCUGUUUGGAGCUGCUAACUGCUUUGAAUACAGGAUUUCCCACAUUUCUCUCUAGCCUCUAGAGCAGGAGUUCCAGAGCAAAAAAAACGGGAUCAUUACAGACCAGACCCUGUUGCUUCUCGGACCACCUCACGAGGCCGCAAACUGAACUGAGCGCUCUCUGCUGUGAAUAGGCCUUCUGCUGGAGUAAACCUCCCAUAUUUUUAUAGACCAAAGAGCAAAACAACAAAUACGAUCAUUAUGACAGAGUGGACCAUCUGGCAAAGACACACAGAGACUUUGUACACUUGCUGCUUGUGUCGCCACCGACCAACGACUCCCCCCCUCCCCACAGAGACACGGUACACAGCGGACCGAUGCAAACCGAACCUUGCGUCCGGUGGCGUAUGUACCGAACACAAUCGAAGGAGUACUUUUAAAACUUUCCAGACAUUUUUUUCUCAGACUAAGCCCACCACUGUAUUUUGGAACUGGAGAUAUAGGUACUACAUACGUAUAACUGUGUAUCAAAAAAAUAUCUGAUUUGCAUUUUUCAGUAGCUACGGUUGGGACAGUGUGCAUUGUUGGGUUGGUCACGGAGAAGGAUUGCAAAUCAUAUCAAAGAGAUGAUGAAUAUCUACAGAGAGUAUAAAUGCUGUUGAGCCUGAAAGGGAGUAAAGAAAUGUCAUUAAAUGUAUUUUGAAAGGCCCUAAAAAGUUAUAUAUUUAACAGUUUUAUAUGUUGUACCUUUGUAGAGAAGCUUAUUGGACUUAAAAUGUGGUCACAAUGGCAGUUAAGUAGGAUGUGAACAAAUGCUGUUGUUCUCAUUACUGCUGGCUCGUAGUCCCAGGUUUUCUGUUCACACCUCAGUAGCCGCUUUCUUUUCAUGGUCAUCUACAAGUCACUGUCUAUCAAAACCAUUAAUGGAAAAAAAAGGAAAGUGACACAAUUUAUUGAGGACUGAUCUGCAGCCAACUGAACAUUGUAAAUCUAUGGUAGUCAGUGGAAGCCAUUGAAAUCUGCUAAUUUGCUAUGAUAUUGUAUUGUACACGGUGUGGAAUACUGACUCAUUUCCUCUCUAUGGGUUUUUGAUCUCUUAAUUUAUUUUUGUGCUUGUGUUUGUUCGCACAAAUCUGGCCUCUCUUCCGGUGGCGAUGAAUACAACGAGGAGAGAGAGAGAACAAGGAAAGCAGAGGAAGCCUUG